AUGUGGAAACUAUUCGGAUUGGCUGGAAAAACUCAAUCAAGAUCAGCUGGUGGUGAUGACGAUUCGUGUGACCCUUCGGCAGAGGAUUCUGAUACAUAUAAACUCACGUUGAGAAUUAUCUCUGUAUUUGUCCUUCUUGUCCUAUCCCUGCUCGGUGCUUCUCUUGCGAUUAUCUCGUCCCGAGUGAAACGUCUGCACAUUAAUCCUGUGAUAAUCAACACAGGCAAAUUUUUCGGGACAGGAGUCAUUUUGGCAACAGGACUCAUACACAUGCUACCAUCAGCCACAGAAGCACUCACCGAUUCCUGUCUAUCAGAAGAUUGGAGAGCUUACGGAGCAUAUGCAGGUCUUUUUGCUAUGUUGGCUAUACUUGCCAUGCAGCUUAUCGAAUUUUUUGCUCAUCACCAAUUACAUCGAGGAUCGAACAAAGCCGAUCCACAACCAGCUGAAGCGCCUGUCGAACAUUGUGGGGAAGAAGCAGGUCAUAGUCAUGGUUUAUCGCUUCUACAAGAAAGUUAUAAUCAUAAGGUGAGCACCUACCUGCUCGAAUUCGGUGUCGCUCUCCAUUCGGUUCUCAUUGGUGUGGCAUUAGGCACUGAAAAUGGUUCAACUUUUGUUGCUCUCUUCAUUGCACUCUGUUUUCAUCAGUUCUUCGAAGCGAUCGCGCUCGGAGCACAGAUUUCACGGUUGAAUAUUAAGUCCAUCGUGCCAGCCAUCUUUAUGAUUAUCUUUUUCACUUUAACCACACCGGUAGGUAUUGCUAUUGGUAUUGGAAUUCAUUUCGGUACGUACAAUCCAAAGUCAGUAGCCGCAUUGAUGGUGAAUGGAGUGUUGGAUUCAGUAUCAGCUGGCAUUUUGAUUUACGUGGCACUGGUCAAUCUAAUGGCUGCAGAGAUGGGUGUUGGAGCACAUGCAUUUUUUGCUUUGAAAAAACGAUUCAAAGUUUUAUAUUUUGCUGCAUUGUAUCUUGGUGCGGCUCUCAUGGCCGUUAUUGGACGUUGGGCAUAA